AUGAGAUGCAAAAUUUAAAAUGAACAAGUAAUAAUAAAUGGAUCAAAUAUUAUCAGUAUAAAAAUCCCACAAUUGUAUCAAUGUGGCAGAUUACUGUAUAUGAAAGUACCAUCCUGACAAUUUGUCUCUCGACUCUCAUACAAAAUAUUUCAUCACUUUCAGCACAGUUUUCACGUUGAAUCUGUAGCUUUUCCACUAUUUUAAAUUAUUGUUGUUUUUUUCCUUCCUCCUUAAUUAAGGUUCUAAUAUAUAGUCUCCUCAAAAAUCUCUUCCUAAGUCUACAAUAAAGGUGUUUUUCUUUUUUCUUUUUUACCUUGAUCACCAAUACAUGAGUUUUCUUGAUCUACCAUCAAGAUCUGAUUUUCAUGUAAAAUUUGUAGGUUUGAUAGCUCCUAGACCUUAAUUUUGAAUUUUCUUGAUCUGGGUCGUUGUCAUAUUUGUCUCAUUUUUGCUGAAAAUGAGGGCAAAGCUAGGGUUUUUGAUGUUUGUUUGGUUUCUUGUAUUUGAAUCUUGUUUGGGUAGAUUUGUUGUGGAGAAAAACAGCUUGAGAGUAACUUCACCAGACUCAAUUAAAGAUGUGUAUGAAUGUGCAAUUGGGAAUUUUGGGGUACCACAAUAUGGAGGAACAAUGGUUGGUACUGUUGUUUAUCCUAAAGCUAAUCAAAAAUCUUGCAAGAAUUUUGCAGAUGUUGAUGUUUCUUUUAAAACUAAGCCUGGUGGUAUGCCCGUUUUCGUUCUUGUCGAUAGAGGAGAUUGCUAUUUCACUCUAAAGGCUUGGAAUGCUCAAAAGGCUGGAGCUGCUGCUAUUCUUGUCGCUGAUGAUCGCAGUGAACCGUUGAUUACCAUGGACACUCCUGAGGAGGAAGAUGCAAAGGCAGAUUAUCUGCAAAAUAUAACUAUUCCUUCUGCUCUAAUUAGUCAAUCGCUUGGGGAUAGCAUCAAGAAGCAACUAUCUAAAGGGGAGAUGGUUAACAUAAACCUUGAUUGGAGAGAGGCUCUUCCCCAUCCUGAUGAAAGAGUUGAGUACGAGUUUUGGACUAACAGUAAUGAUGAGUGUGGCCCUAAGUGUGAGAGCCAGAGAGAGUUUGUCAAAAACUUCAAAGGGGCUGCUCAGAUACUUGAGCGGAAGGGAUAUACGCAGUUCACUCCCCAUUACAUAACUUGGUAUUGUCCCGAGGCAUUUAUUUUGAGCAAGCAAUGCAAGUCUCAGUGCAUCAACCACGGUAGAUACUGUUCUCCAGAUCCUGAGCAAGACUUCAGCAAAGGUUAUGAUGGGAAGGAUGUUGUUUUACAAAAUUUGCGCCAAGCUUGCUUUUAUAAGGUUGCCAAUGAUAGUGGGAAGCCUUGGUUGUGGUGGGACUACGUUACUGACUUUGGAAUCCGGUGUCCAAUGAACGAGAAGAAGUACAAUAAAGAAUGUGCAGAUCAAGUAAUCAAAUCCCUUGGCUUUGAUGUUAAGCAGAUAGAUAAAUGUGUUGGAGAUCCUGAAGCGGAUGCUGACAACCCUGUUCUAAAGGCUGAACAAGCAGCACAGAUUGGCAAGGACUCUCGUGGAGAUGUGACUAUCUUGCCAACUCUUGUGAUAAACAAUAGACAAUACAGAGGCAAGUUGGACAAGGGGGCUGUUCUGAAGGCCAUUUGUUCAGGUUUUGAGGAGACAACAGAGCCUGCAAUUUGUUUGACCGAUGAUAUACAAACAAAUGAGUGCCUAGAGUCCAAUGGUGGGUGCUGGCAGGACAAGGCUGCUAACAUUACUGCAUGCCGGGAUACUUUCCGUGGGAAGGUAUGUGAAUGCCCCACGGUCCAGGGAGUAAAAUUUGUUGGUGAUGGUUAUUCUCACUGUGAAGCAUCUGGAGCAUUACGCUGUGGCUUAAACAAUGGAGGUUGUUGGAAGGGAACCAAGGAUGGCAGGACAUUUUCUGCUUGCAUUGAUGACCACACAAAGGGUUGUAAAUGUCCACCAGGGUUUAAAGGAGAUGGAGUGAAUGUUUGUGAAGAUAUUGAUGAAUGCAAAGAAAGGCUGGCAUGCCAGUGUCCAGACUGCAAAUGCAAGAACACCUGGGGUGGUUAUCAAUGCAGUUGCAGUGGCAAUUUGUUGUACAUGCAGGAACAUGAUACAUGUAUAGGCAAUGAUGGCAAAGCAGCAUUUAGCUGGAGUCUUGUUUGGGUUAUCAUCUUGGGUUUGGCGUUUGCAGGAGUUGGAGCAUAUGCCGUGUACAAGUAUAGGAUUCGGAGAUACAUGGAUUCAGAGAUCCGUGCCAUCAUGGCACAGUACAUGCCUUUGGAUAAUCAAGGAGAGGUGCCUAAUCACAUACCGCACGGGAAUGUCUGAUAUUAGUCCAUUACUGAGGAAUGAUUGCGUGGAUAGAAUGUAAAAAACAUCAAGUGAUAUCGCGAUCAGCUCUUCUUCCAGUUGUCAUGAGGUUCUUUAUGCUUCUGUCAUUCUAAUGCAACUCUUACUGUUCAGUGAAGUCCUAAUUAUGUAUAUGUUUAUCAUAACAGUACACAUAAAUUCCCAAUUAUGAUCAGGGAAAUUUUCUGCUUAUGCACGAUGGUCUUUCAUUUGGACCUGAGCUUAAUGAAGGGUGGAAUUUCGUUGGAACAAA